AGAAGGGAUAUAAGGCCGAGCGUGCGGCGAUUGCGUUACAGUUGUUUUCUUUGUUGUGCCUUGCAAGUUUGUGAGCAGCUCCUGAGCCAUGUCGGGCCGCGGCAAGCAGGGGGGGAAGGCGCGGGCCAAGGCCAAGUCUCGCUCCUCGCGGGCUGGGCUGCAGUUCCCGGUGGGCCGCGUGCACCGCCUCCUGCGCAAGGGCCACUACGCGGAGCGGGUCGGAGCCGGGGCCCCGGUCUACCUGGCGGCCGUGCUGGAGUACCUGACGGCCGAGAUCCUGGAGCUGGCGGGCAACGCGGCGCGAGACAACAAGAAGACGCGCAUCAUCCCCCGCCACCUGCAGCUGGCCAUCCGCAACGACGAGGAGCUCAACAAGCUGCUGGGCAAAGUGACGAUCGCGCAGGGCGGCGUCCUGCCCAACAUCCAGGCCGUGCUGCUACCCAAGAAGACCGAGAGCCACAAGGCCAAGGCCAAGUGAGGCGCGCCCGGGAGACCGGGCCCGUCCUCUCGCUCCCUACACACAACCAACCCAAAGGCUCUUUUCAGAGCCACCCACAGACUUCAAAAAAGGGCUCGAUCUCUAGACUUUGUGGGGGGCGGGGAAGAAACUCGCUGAGUGCACUCUCGUUCCGCACCUGCUGUUGCCAACUGCACCUAUUCCAUGAGGUUCUCCAGUUUACCCGUGACAAUACAACGUGCCCGCGUGUUUACGUGUAUUAGAAACCCUCCCCCGUAGAAAAUUGUCUGGUUCAAAUGUUUUGUUUUAAUGCAUAUCCUAUCAUUUA